UCAAACUAUUGUUUUGAGGCGAACUGUGCAUGAACCAAGUUGCUGCAGCAAAAACGGACGGACGUGUCGACCCUGUUCCCUGUUUAGAUACACACGCGGCGAACACAAUGAGUAACGUUAAUAAACUUUCUAGCUUAAUUUCAUGUUGAAAUGUAUGUUUGGUGACUGUGAGUAGAUAUUGUAACACUGUUUCUACUGCGCACACUAGCUUUGUGCUGGUCAGUAGCAUCCAUCCAAAGUAGCAAAAGACCGCGCUGCUGCUCAGGGGUAUCUCCAUGCCAAUUACAUUUGACGCAUAAUAUACCAGGAAGCAGUUUUUCCUCAAAAACUUCAACUAUGUUCACCCACAACCUAUUCAUCUAGGGACGGAUGACAACAGAAGUGACAGACAUGGAUGACAUAGCCACUUUUGUUCAAGAAGCACUACCAAUGUGUAGCACGCCAGCUACACUGCAACCUAUUAUGGAUAUCCUCAAAGACAUUGGGGUGGAAACGCUUGACGAUAUGCAGCUUGUCCAGAUAAAUGACCUUGCAGGUGUGCUCAGACCCAUUCAAGCAAGGAAGCUUAUUGCACAUGUUAAAAGUGUCUUCUCAGCUCAGAGUGAUGCAGCUUCAAGCAUGGAGCAGGAUUUCACAAGAACACCUCAAACUCAAGAAACACUCUGGGUCACUACAAGCCCAAGCAUACCCUCUACUUCUCGAAGCUCAUUUGGAAGCCCAGGCACACCUCAAACUCCAGAAACACCCUUUCGAACCUCAUUUGGAAGCCGAAUCUCCUCUCCAUCUGGUAGUGAAUGCUCUAGUCCCACUAGACAACUGAGCAGUGAUUGGCACUACAGUUUUCAAGUCCCUUGGAACAUGCUGCCAGCUAUUGUAAGGAAGAAAUUACACAAUCAAGAGCGGCCCAUAGCCAGAGAAAGGAGGGAAGUGAUUCGCAUUAUUACAGCUGAAAUUCUUGCCACUUGCAAGACACCAGCGAAGAAGCACUUACGUGAAGUUGCACGGAAGAUGGUCCUAGAGUACCCAGAGUCUUUCAAAGACGUCAUAGAAGGUGAAGUCGUUGGAAGCGGCUAUGAUUCUCUUACAAAACAACUCCAGUGCAGAGUUGAUAACUGCAAGAGAAAUGAGGCGCUGGGUAACAAGAGGAUCAUCCCAGAUGACACCAGCACUGUACCAGAAAAUACAAAGCAACGGAAAGCCUUUCGAACCUCAUUUGGAAGCCGAAUCUCCUCUCCAUCUGGUAGUGAAUGCUCUAGUCCCACUAGACAACUGAGCAGUGACUGGCACUACAAUUUUCAAGUCCCUUGGAACAUGCUGCCAGCUAUUGUAAGGAAGAAAUUACACAAUCAAGAGCGGCCCACAGCCAGAGAAAGGAGGGAAGUGAUUCGCAUUAUUACAGCUGAAAUUCUUGCCACUUACAAGACACCAGUGAAGAAGCACUUACGUGAAGUUGCACAGAAGAUGGUCCUAGAGUACCCAGAGUCUUUCAAAGACGUCAUAGAAGGUGAAGUUGUUGGAAGCGGCUAUGAUUCUCUUACAAAACAACUCCAGUGCAGAGUUGAUAACUGCAAGAGAAAUGAGGCGCUGGGUAACAAGAGGAUCAUCCCAGAUGACACCAGCACUGUACCAGAAAAUACAAAGCAACGGAAAGACUCAUAUGGCUGUAUUCAGUGGGAAUCUGGACCUGUGAAUGUGGAAGCACAGAUGAAAAAGAAAAAAGACAUGCAAAAAAUAUUCCUGGAAAAUGAGAGGAAUGAAAAACAAAUAGAACAGUUAAUCUCAGACACCUUCAUAUCUCAGAGAAACGACAUAAUGUCUGGUAAGGACACCCGGGCCCUUACUGAAGAAUGGCCUCUCCUCUUCUCACUUGUAGGCAUGAAGGCACACUUCAAACUCCUGACUGGUGUCCACAUCAAUGAGGGAUUUGAGGAGGCUAUGACCUCAAAACUGGCCAGAGUCCUGGAAUAUUUUCAGUCUCUUCCGUUGGAGAAAUCAAGCAUAGCUGCAAAACAGAGAGCAGAGAUCCAAGCUGGAGGUGGACCCUGUGGGGCGGUAUUGAUGCUACUCUCACACUUCAAAGAGGAUCAUGCAAGAAUGUUCCACAUGGUCGACAGAACAUGCAUCGCUGUGGAGGUUGAGACAGAACACCUGCCACCCACACCAUGCAUUGUUGUAUGUGGAGAGAGUCCAUUGUCUGCAACAGCUUUCGUGGUGGCAGUGGACCAGGAGGUGAUGAUGGAUAACUUGAAGAGCUUCACCGACGCACUGGUUGGCAUGUUCAUGUGUUUCUACAUCUUCAAUAUGCACUACCCAGUGGAACUCGGGGCCACAAUGGAGUUUCUUCAAAGGUGCAUCUUUAAGAUCAAUCCUGAGAAGGGCUCCAAAGUAGAGCGCCUGGAAAAGAAAAAGAGCAAUGCAGUGAACCCGAAAAUCCUGACCCUUAUCAACCGCAUUGCAGAGUAUGAGUGGAGCACUUAAUGGGAUAAUGCAUGGGAGCAGCAGCAGUCUGGGACCCCAGGGAACUGCCAUCCUGUUUCUGAAGUUUCUGAACGUUCCAAGUCAGUUCUUUGUAUCAUGUUAAAAGUUUGUCAAUUUCGGGGCGUGGGUGGCUUAGUGGUAGAGCAGGUGCCCCAUAUACAGGGCUGUUGCCGCAGCGGCCCGGGUUCGGCUCCGGCCUGUGGCCCUUUGCUGCAUGUCUCUCCCUCUCUCUCUCCCCCUUUCACACUUUACUGUCCUGUCAAUUGAAGGCGGAAAUGCCCAUAAAAUUAUCUUUAGAGAAAAAAAAAAAAAGAAAAAAAAAAGGUGUGUCAAUUUGAAUUCUAUGUUACAUGUUGAGUAACUAAUUCAUUAAACGUGAUAUGAAUAUGGAGCCUGACUGAUUUUUCCUGUCCUGCUGUUGCAGAUGGUGCGUCUUUUAGAGAGACAUAAGUUAGAGCAGCUUCUCUCUGUUAACAUUACAUUAGAUAACGCAGGCAGUCCAGAUCGUUUUAGCCACAGGCUUGAUAGCAGGCCUGCUAAGUUGGCAUCACUGAUGUCAGAUAGAUAGAAUGAAUGAAAGAAUGAAUGACAUCUUUAUUAUGGUAUCCUGCAUAUUAAUAUGCCCAGUCCCCAUGGGCUUACAAGACACCAUAAGAUUUAUAAACCAAAAAGGAAACUGAUAUAUCUCAUAAAAUCAGAUUUUCACCAGUAAUGGUAUGAAAACAACACCCAUGA